CCCAGGCGGCUCCGUUGUCUCUACGACGAGCGAGGGGGGGGUUGGGUGGGGUGAAAGGGAAAAAAAACACCGCCUCGUCCCUUCCAAUAUGGCGCCCGCACCGCCAACACCACCAGAGCUCGACUCAGCGAAAACAACAUUGGCGGCUGACGGCGCUUGCUUCGACCGCGGCGCGAUUGGCUCCUUGAGAAGGUGACGUAUAUUCGCGGUUCACAGAUUCCCACUGCUUGCUGGGAAGUGUAGUUGUUUGAGCAAAGGCAGCGUAGACAGGAGAAUUCAAAAACUACAUAUCCCAGAAGUCGUUAAUUUUGACGCAGAAGGAACAGGAGGAUGCUACAAGGACGCGGGGAAGUUGGAAUUGUCCCUCGAUGGCUUAAUUACUGACGGCGCUGUUGUGCAUGUUUACGUAGAAUCGGUGUAUUCGAGCUAAUUCAGACGAACUAAAACUCACAAGUUAAAAUGCUACUUCUAGGUUCUUUAAGAAACAUGUUUCAAAAAUAUGAUCUAUAAUAAUUUAUUUCCUCCUUUAUAAGUUUAAUAUUAAAUCAUACAGUUACGUGAAAUUAUCCAAAAUGUUGCAGAUUUAGGGCAACUGCCAUAAUCUUUAUUAAUAGAUUAAUAUUAAUAAAUUACGUAGCAGGGUGUGUGCAAAUGUAAAUUACAACUGAUCCUUUUUAUGAGAGUGGUUUCUUCUGCAGCAUCCCCAUCAUGCACUAAACAGCUUUCUGUUCACCAACAAUUCUUUUUGUUUGGGGGGAAACUGAAUGGGAUGUUGAAUGGUGAAUACCCUCAUUGUCUGAUAUUAUAGCUGUGGAAAAGAAGGUUAUACAUAGCAAAAUAAUGAUGUUACUUGACAGGAAGGUGGAAGUCCCAAAAUCCUAGAGGCAAAUCAAAGUAGCAGUUCCUGCUGCUGGAAAAUCACCUGUCCUGGAGUUUUAGAGUAAACCAAUGGCUGUCCAAACAAGGUUUCAUCUGGACUACGAGCCAUGCCGAGGGUUUAUUAACUUGGCUUCUCAAGUCCCAUGGAAAUUUAGUGAUGUUAUGGAGGUUCAUGCUCAUUUUAUUAUUUUUCUCAAAUUGGGAAACAGAACAUCAAGAUACAAGAAAAAAAAAGAUAGUUUGUGUGCUUCACAAAGGAAGUCUUACUACAUAGCCUUUUAACCUGCAUCAUGCACACCCACAAUUUCAUUAAGGAAGAGCUAAAAUUACUUAGCUGGCUCACUGAUGUUAUUUUCUUAUUUUCUACUAGCUGGCCCACACAGGUGGUCCUUGCUAUAUUUUUUCAUCUAUGAAGAAAAUAUUCUAGAGUACUUCUACAUAUAAAUGGUAGAAAAAUAAAUAUAAAUGGUCUCUUCAGCCUUUAAGAUUACAACAGUCCAAUGAUUCCUAAAAGGACAAUAGGAAAUACUGAAUUUUCUGUCCAGAAUCAGGGGAAGUUUAGUCAUGACUUAUCUUUUGUUCCCCUUUAUUUUUGUUGAAAGAAAAAUCUUCAGGUCCAGUCUAAGCCAGGAAUAAACAAAAUGGACGUUGUUUGGAAAGAAGGUUCUUUAUUGAAGAGCAGAACAGCAACAGCAUGCAGUUCUGGGACAGCUGACAAAAUGGAGCUGGAAGUGCAGUCUAAACUCAACGCCGACAAGGGGCUCAUUUGUUCCUAUGAAGUAUCUUUGUUGAUAGCAAAAUGUGGCAAACCUCACACUAUUAGAGAAAUGCUGAUUUUACCAGCAGUGAAACAGAUUGUUACCACCAUGUUGGGGCCCAACGCAAGCACUAUCAUGCAAUCGAUUCCUUUGAGCAAUGACACCGUAUCAAAAAGAAUUGAUGAAAUGGCUGCUGAUGUGGAAGAAAGGCUUAUAGACACCUUGAAAAAUACAGAAUUCGUGAUGCAUAUUGACGAGUCAACGAUUCGUGAAAAUGAAGCUUUGUUAUUGGCUUAUGUCCAUUUCUUCAACGGAAAUGAAGAGAUCAGGGAAGAACUGUUAUUUGUUCGAAAUUUAGCCACCAACACAAAAGGUUCUUCGAUAUUUAAAAAGGUUGAAGAGUUUUUUAAUGAGAAAAACAUCCCUUUGACAAAUGUCAUGGCAUGUGCAACAGACGGGGCUGCAUCCAUGGUUGGAUGAUAUUGCAGAUCUCAAGCUCAUCUAAAAUCAAUUGUGCCUGAAGUUAUGACUAUCCAUUGCGUUAUUCAUAGACAGUACCUUGUCUCAAAAAAUUUGAAUGGCUGUUUGCAUGAGUCUGUAUGUUAAACGUCAUUAAUGCUGUGAAUAAAAUUAAGUCGAAUGCCUUGAACAAUUGACUUUUUCACAAGUUUUGUGAAGAAAAUGACGAGUUUGAACGUCUCCUUUUGCACACCGAAGUAACAUGGCUUUCAAAAGGAAAGUGUUUGCGGCGAUUCCACGAACUUUUUGACAACAGUUGUCGAAUUUCUUGAAUCCAUUGACCAAGUCUUAAGUAGUUCUCUUAACUUCGAUGUCUGGAUGUAGCUUAUCUCGCUGAUGUUUUUGACAAGCUGAAUGAAGUGAACGUAAAGCUGCAAGGAGAUAAAAUCAAUUUUCUUAAGGCCAAGGGAGUAAUCUGCUCAUUUAUUUCCAGAUUGGACCUCCUUGCAAGCAAUAUGAGUCACCAGGAGAUGUAUCCAUUCCCAAGCCUUGGUAAUGAACGUGAACUCCAAGGAGAAGAUUUGGACAUUUUUUGCUGCCACUCGAAGUAAUUAAAAGAAGAUAUGGAAACCAGAUUCUAUGAUCUGAUAAAUCUGGAAGUGCCCACUUGGGUGCUAAAUCCUUUCAAGCAGACUUUGCACAACUUCAUCCCAAACUGCAAGAGCCACUGGAGAUCUGAAAUACGACUGUGAAGCCCAGUCACAUUUUCAGAGUUACGGCUACGAAGCUUUUUGGAUGAAAAUGAGGAACACUUACCCAAUAUUGUGGGAGAAAGUUAAGUUGCUUCUUUUAGCCUUUCCUUCCACUUACUUAGUGGAGAGGGGCUUCAGCGCCAUCCAACAGAUCCUUUCUAAGUCAAGGAACAUGUUGAAGAUCUCUGAGCAUAGUGAUUUAAGAAUGUGAUUAACAAAAAUGGUUCCAGACAUCAAGAAAUUGGCAUCAGCUCACCAAGCACAAGGCAGCCAUUGAUUUUUUUUUUUUUUUGCUUUUUGUGUACAUACAUUUUUUUCAUUAAUAAUUGUCUGAGCUUUUAUCGUUGUAUUUGCUUGCAUUGGAUUUCACAUUCCAGUUUGAGUUUUCGGCUUCGUUUUUGAAUUUUUGUUGUGCUUUAUAAAACAUUUUGUGUGUCUCUUUGUACUGUACUUUUUUAGCGUGCACUCAUAUAUUUUCUUUGUGUCUUUUAAAUCCUUUUUACAGUGUGCGUGACUA